AUGGCGGCGGCAAAUGUCUCUCAGAUAUUGGCAGACACUCUAAGCGCAGACGCAAAUACUAGGAUCGCUGCUGAACUCAAGCUUUCCGAGGUUCUGCUCCAUCAAGGCUGCACGCGUUUAUCAGAGGCAGGUCUAGCUCUCGCCCAGCUUAUUUUAGCACAAGACGUGGAUAUCUCGCUCCGGCAGAUAAGUUCUUUCUCGUCUUGCAGCAAUCACUCAGCAAGCAUCAUCCUCAGAAAGUAUGUCAAGGAACGAUGGUCUCCAUACUUUGAAUCGUUCAAGGGCAACGCACCUUCAGUAGAGGUCAAAUCUCGAAUACGCCACGCUGUCCUUCAAGGCUUAUCAGACUCGAACCGGAAAAUCCGGUCUUUAUGCGCUCAUACAAUGUCAUAUAUUGGGAACUGCGAUUGGCCAGAUGAAUACCCAGAACUACUCAACUCCCUUAUUACCUUGAUUUCUUCAAGUUCUUCUGAUGCUGUGCAUGGCGCAAUGCAGGUGUUCACUGAAUUUAUAAAAUCGGAUCUCACCGAAGAUCAAAUUUUACCUGUAUUGCGACAGCUUCUUCCCGUCUUGCUCACUAUUCUUGGAUCUACGGAGCAACACACACCUCUCACUCGCGCACGAACUGUAUCCGUUUUUCGUCAAUGCGUGACAGCACUCUACAUGGUCAAAGAUCAACAUCCCCAAGCAGUGAAGGAAGCUACUGCAACCAUCUUGCCAGUUUGGUUGGAGGCAUUCAAAGUGCUUCUUAACCUUGACCCUUUGAAGGAUGUGUCCAAUCAGGACAACUGGGAUGGAUUAGCUGUCAGGAUCCAGGUCUUCAAGACACUGGACGUCAUUCACACGUCAUUUCCCCGUGCCAUGACCUCGUACGUUCGUGGUUAUCUAGAUGCAUCCUUGCGUCACCUUCAGGUGAUGUCCGAAGCAUAUGAUACGUUCUACAUCUCGGGAUCCGGAAGUGCCCCUGGGUCAUCAGAGGAGGAAACAGUAGAAAUACCCCACCUCAUCUGCCCUUUGUUCGACUUUGUUUCAAAUGUUGUCAGAGGGGGGAAAGCGAAGGAGUGGCUUCAGGUGGAGAACCUGAACAGUUUGGAAGAGACGUGGGCAACAAAUGCCAAUGCUUUCGUGGCACAUGAAGAGGAUGACACACAGGCAUAUGGCGUCCGAGUCGCUGGCUUCGAGUUGCUAUAUACUAUUCUCAACCGUUCUCCUGCACAAAUUUGUGCUACCUUCCAGACUGCGAUUCAUCAGGUCAUUGCAACAUCACAGAGAGCACGAGAAAAUGGGUCAACUGCUUGGUGGAAACCACUUGAAGCAUCCUUCGCCGCGAUUGGCUCUCAAUCCGAAGAUGUCCUCGAGUGCAUUGAAAAUGAACAGGAUUCUGGCCGAGCAAAACCUAUUGAUGUGGAGGAUUUGCUUGCCAAUGUCGUUCCGUCGGUCUUAAACCAGUCCGACUUUCCAUUCUUGCAAGGCAGGGGUUUCGUAUUUGCGAGCCAGUUUGUCAGGCUAUUGCCGUUACAGAUGGCUGGUCAGUAUCUGGAAGCCGCUAUGCAUGUCAUUGAAUCAAAUUCUGCUGGGAUUCCCGUAAAAAUUUCUGCUGUCAAAGCUAUCCACAACUUUUGUGAAGGCGCGGAGGACUCGGCUAUCACGCCCUUCGUGUCGCGGAUUGCACAGGAUCUGGGACCAUUCUUGCUGGUAACGACUGAGGACACGUUAUCCUUAGUUCUCGAGACAAUGUCGGUUGUUCUAGAUGUCAACAGGGGUCAAUGGCUCACCACUGACUUGUCCAACUCUCUCGUGUUGGCCGUCUUGGAGGUCUGGGCAAAGAACAACAAAGACCCCAUUUUCCUAUCAAUCUUCACCGAAAUCUUCACCUCGCUGGCCUCCUCGACUGGCACAGGAGUGUACGAAACGGUUGUCAAACAGGCACUACCCACUCUUUGUACUGCGAUCGCGGGUUCCAAACCUCAAGAAGCCUGGAUAGCAGGGUCUGCCAUUGACUUGAUCUCAAGCCUCGUUCGCGGUGCACCCGAAGGCGGCCUUGGAGACGGCUUCUUCGCUCUCCUAGCACCUAGCUUGUUCAGCUGCCUUAGCGAAGCCGAGGACCGUGAUGUUCUUCAAAACGGCAUGGCGUGUCUUGCUUUGAUAGUCCGCAAAGAUUGCAGGCAGAUCCUAGAAUGGCGGGACCCAUCCGGCCAAUCCGGUCUCGAUCAUAUUCUGAAAGUUAUUGCGAAGCUCCUGCAAAACGACGAUGAAUCCGGUGGUUUGGUCAUUGGUGAUCUCAUCAUUCACUUGCUGCGUCGUGCAGGCGAAGCUGUUCUCCCAGUACUUCCGGAACUUCUUCAAGCUAUGGUAUUGCGGAUGCUAUCGGCCAAGACCGCUACUUUCAUCCAGAGCCUCGUCGUUCCAUUCGCGUUCCUCGCAUAUAACCAGCAGGACACAGUAUUGUACUUGCUGGAAUCGACUACGACGAAUGGCAGGAACAGUCUCGAUAUCCUCAUCCAGACGUGGUGUGAGAAUGCAGAAACGUUCCAGGGCUUUUGGCAAUCGCGUGUUAGCACAUUGGCGCUCACAAAAUUAUACGCCUCUGGUCGUUCAAGCCUGCAAUCAUUGAUGGUCAAGGGCGAUAUUAUCUUGAAGCCGGAGACGAAGAAUGUGAUCAUGACUCGGUCGCGAACGAAGACGACACCCCAUGAGUUUACGUCAGUGCCUUUCCCUGUGAAGGCACUUAAACUGCUUGUACACGAUCUUAGAGCUGGGGGCGACUCUGCGACGAUCCCAAAAGCUGAGUUUGAUGUGGACUCGGACGAUGGCGAUGAAGAGUGGACAGAAGAAGAGCAACAGAAUCAGGGCUUCAAGCAAGAAGAAUUUGCUUUCCUCUCCGAGAUGCUGGGUCCCCGAGGGGUCAACUUUGACAAUGACGACAUUCUCGAAGAGAUGGAUGAUGAAGACCUCAGAAACGAUGCCAUCUCUCAGAUUGACAUGCAGGCGCAUCUGGUGUCAUUCUUUAGAGAAUGUGCAUCGCACAACGUUAACAACUUUUCCGCAAACAUCGACCAAUUGUCGGCUGAGGAGAUCAUGGUUGUGCGCCACGCUAUUGAUCACUGA